AUGGACACUCAAAGUGAUGAGAUAAUGAUUCUGAAGGAGAAGGUCAAGAUGUUUGACCUGUAUAACAAGAACAAGGAUGAAGAUAUCAACGAGCUCAAGAAAGAGAUAACAAGAUUACAGAAUGAAAGGAACAUGUUCAACAACAAGUUGUACAAUGUCUGUAUAUUGAACGCAAAUCUGUCGAACCGUCUUUUGGCAUCGCAACAAGAAAGCAAUGAGGAUCAACCAAACACUGCAGCAUCUAAAUCGCAAGAGCAUAUAAGAGAAUUGAAUGAGAGGACACAAGGAAUGGAGCUUGAGAAUGCCAAGAUCCUUGAAGAGAACAAAAAGCUGAAGAAGACAUUGGAAGAGUUCACACAAUCACAGGUGCCAUCUAACAAAUACCUAUGCAAUAAAAGGACAUCAAAUGAACUCUAUCAAAAGGACAACAUCAUAAAGCAACUCCAUGAAAAAAAUAUGACUAUGAUGGAAGAGAAUAAGAAGCUCAAGAAAACAUUGGAAGAGAAUAAGAAGCUCAAGCAGGAUAUAACAGGUUUGCGCAUGGAGUGUGCACAACUAAGAGUGAACAGCACUGAAGCCAACAACAGAUUGUUAGCGGUAUCAUAUGAGAAUCAAUCUCUUUUCAACAGACUUGAGAACUCAAAGCGGAUUGAAGAAACAAAUGCUCGCAUGGUUGAAGAAAAUGAUAAGCUCAAGAAGAGUCUACAUGAUCUAAACAAAGAGCGCAUGCGAUUGAUAGCAAAGAUACACAAUCUUGAUAUAAAAUACACACAGAUCUCUAAAACAAAUGAAUCACUCAACCAGCAAUUUGAUGAGAAGGUAAAGGCCAUGAAAGAACUCGAUAAGAAAAACUCUGAUCUGCUUCUAAAGACAAGAGGAUUGGAGAAUCAUGUCCGUUUGUUGGCAGAGGACAAUGAAAGUCUCGAGAAAGAAAAUGAUACAUAUAAGAUGGCACGGAAGAAGCAAAGAAUCUUCUGA